GCUUGCGUCAUACAACCUCAUUUCGAGCCAACCCAACCCAACAACCACUGCUGUCAGAAAAUCAACCCACUUCCAACCAGACCGACGACCUCGACCAGAAGAUCAAGAAGGAAAAAAAAAGGCCGCAACGUAGACUGUUGGUUUGUGAAGAACUGAAAAAAAAAAAAAACAAGUGAGAAAGAGGACUCAGAAUGGAAGAGAUCGGCAUUCAAAUCGAUAAGGAGGCAACUGUUGAUCCUACGUUCCCUUCAGUCCUUGAUGAGAAGGCGGUCCUGGCUGCUCAGUUACAUUCCGAAGAUGACGUCUACAUGAAAUUCAAGAAGCUCCAAAAGCAUCUCGAGUUUUUAGAACUACAGGAAGAAUACAUCAAAGAUGAACAGAAGAACUUGAAGCGAGAAUUGUUGAGGGCCCAAGAAGAAGUGAAGCGAAUCCAAUCGGUCCCAUUAGUGAUCGGACAAUUCCUCGAACCGAUCGACCAGUUUACUGGGAUCGUGGGAUCGACAACCGGAUCCAACUAUGUGGUCAGGAUUCUGUCUACGAUCGAUCGGGAACUAUUGAAGCCAUCUAGUUCGGUGGCGCUACAUCGACACUCCAAUUCGCUCGUUGAUGUUCUUCCUCCUGAGGCUGAUAGUAGUAUCAGUAUGCUCGGCUCCGAUGAGAAACCUGAUGUAACAUACAACGAUAUCGGAGGGAUGGACAUUCAAAAGCAAGAGAUCCGAGAGGCCAUCGAACUUCCGCUGACACACUUUGAUCUGUACACGCAGAUUGGGAUUGAUCCACCACGAGGGGUACUACUCUAUGGGCCUCCAGGGACGGGGAAGACGAUGCUAGUGAAGGCGGUAGCGAACCAUACGACGGCCUCGUUUAUCCGUGUGGUCGGCUCGGAAUUCGUCCAAAAGUAUCUCGGAGAGGGCCCGCGAAUGGUGCGAGAUGUCUUCAGACUGGCGCGCGAAAACGCUCCGGCAAUCAUCUUUAUCGAUGAGGUCGAUGCUAUCGCCACCAAACGGUUCGACGCUCAGACCGGUGCUGAUCGGGAGGUCCAACGGAUCUUGCUCGAGUUAUUGAAUCAAAUGGAUGGAUUCGAUCAAGGUAGUAAUGUCAAAGUGAUCAUGGCUACUAAUCGAGCAGACACACUGGAUCCCGCCCUAUUAAGACCGGGAAGAUUGGAUCGAAAGAUCGAAUUUCCAUUACCAUCUCGUCGGGAAAAGCGACUGAUUUUCCAAGCUUUGGCGAGCAAGAUGAGCUUAGGAAAUGAUGUUGAUCUCGAAGAUUAUGUCCAACGGCCCGACAAGUUAUCUUCAGCGCAAAUCUCCCAAGUUUGUCAGGGGGCUGGAUUACAAGCCGUCCGAAAGAAUCGAUACGUUAUCUUACCGGUCGAUUUCGAGGAAUCAUGGAAAUCGGUUGUCAAGAAGGGAGAAGAUACUCAUGCAUUCUAUAGAUAGGAUUAAUCAACACCAUUUAAAAUUGGUGAUUCUGUUUUAAAUGUAAAAAUAUUGAUCGUUUGAUAGAAGAUAGUCAUCUCUUUCAGGGGUUUGAUUGCAUGGGAGUUGGAGUGAGGUAAUUAAGAUAUGAGUGGAAUUGUCAAGAGAAGGAUACAGAGACUUGUUCAGAUUCAAUUAGCCGUUCACAAUCUUGACAUGAUCAAAUUGCAUGUUUGUUCAGAUACAAGAAUCUGGAAAGCAUCUUGACAUCCAUCUCAUGAACGACCAUUCUGCCCGUUGUCUUGUUUCUGAUUCUGAUGGAUACUUUCUCUACUCUGUUAUACGGACAAAGGCUGUGUUUGUUUUGUCUUUUGUUGCUUCUUCCUUGAUUUUUUUUUGUUUAGAAAUAGCAGUGUAUGGUUUACUAAUUCUCUCCAACGGGAUCAGUAACCACAUCAUCAGCAUGCUAAUUAUAUUGACUUAGCCAGCUGCCAUGUGAGUAUUGUGUUAAGCAAAGCCAGUUGGUGUUUUCCCAGGUGAAUAUGUAGAUAGCUUUCUUGUGAGCUGGGUAU